AGCCAAGAGCCAAGUGCCUGCUCUUUCCGGCUGCCGGCAGUGGCAGCCAGGAGAAUAAGAUUGGUGGAUUCCCUUUUAAAUCCGCCACCUAAAUGGAAACUGGCGGUUUCGUGACCCGGCGCACGUCGCUGGACACGCCGGGCGUCGACAGCCGGGUUGCAGGGCUCGCCACCGGCACAGACGUUCGAUGGCUGGACGGCAGACUGCUGGGCACACUGCUGCGCAGACUGCUGGCCACCGCGGGAGGAAUCGUCGGGGUUGUACCCGCAAGGGUGCCCGGAGAGCUGGACUUUUCGCCGGUGUUCUACUCGACCGAGGUGGACGUGGAUUAUGAAGGGCUUCCCCAGGGAGCCACCACCGGCACUCACAUGCUUGCCGGAUCCGUGGCUGGAAUUCUGGAGCACUGCCUCAUGUACCCUAUCGACUGUGUGAAGACUCGCAUGCAGAGCUUGCGCCCUGACCCAAAGGCACGCUACCGCAACGUGAUGGACGCCCUGCGACAGAUGGUGCGCACGGAAGGCGUCUGGCGACCGGUCCGCGGCGUCGGCGUGUUGGCGGUGGGCGCGGGCCCCGCCCACGCGCUCUACUUCGCCUGCUACGAGCGCAUCAAGUUGACGCUGAGCGACGCCAUGCACCCUGGCGCCAGCAGCCACUUGGCCAACGGAGCGGCAGGCUGCAUGGCCACCGUCGUCCACGACGCCAUGAUGAACCCGGCUGAAGUGGUGAAGCAGCGCGUCCAGAUGUUCGGCUCGCCGUACCGCGGCGCGCUGGACUGCGUGGGCGCCACUCUGCGCCAGGAGGGUCCGGCGGCCUUCUACCGCAGCUACACCACGCAGCUGGCCAUGAACGUGCCCUUCCAGGCGCUCCACUUCAUGACCUACGAGUACCUGCAGGAGACGCUCAACCCGCGCAGACACUACGCCCCCGCCUCGCACAUGCUGUCGGGGGCGCUGGCCGGCGCCCUGGCCGCCGCCGCCACCACGCCGCUCGACGUCUGCAAGACGCUGCUCAACACGCAGGAGGUGGCGCUCGCACGCGUCUUGCCGGCCGUCCUGCCGCCGGCCGUCCUGCCGCCGGCCACCCUGCCGCCGGCCACCCGGCACAUCUCCGGCCUGGGCGAGGCCUUUCGGACGGUGUACCGCACUGGCGGCGCGGCGGCUUUCUUCAAAGGAGUGCGGGCCCGUGUCAUUUACCAGAUGCCCUCCACCGCCAUCAGCUGGUCCGUUUACGAAUUCUUCAAAUACGUCAUCACCAAGCGGCAGCGCCAAAGGUGCCUGCGAGAAAACGCGCACAAAUGAGCAGCCAGCCCUCAAGCGCGUUGGCGUAGGGAAGAGUUUUCAAUGGCAAAGGGCUUGCGUUCAAAGAGUUGGCCAGCAGAU